CCUGACCUCGUAUUUCACAAGAUUUCGUAGCUUAUUAUUAAAAACAUACAUUUCACAAAACGUAAUAACAUUUUUUUAUAAAACGUUUUAAUUUUUAGUUAUACACCGAGUAGGUAUAGUUUGUAGUAAUAGAGUAAGAGCAUAAAAUUAUUAGUGAAAGAAAUAAAAUGGAUUCACAAAAAACACAACAAAACGCAUGGGGCAUAACUUCAACCAAACCAACAGAAACAAUGAGCUUCGCUGAAAUAAUGUCUGAAGAAUAUGCACAUCGUGUACACAAUCAAGAACAAAAACGUUUUGAAGAACGUUUAUUACAACAGUCGAAGCAAGAAUCCUCUGAUGCAGAUAUAGCUUCGUCGAUAAAUACUCAAUCUCAACUUUACUCUACAAUUGCAAAUGGGCCCCCAACAAUAAACCAAGAAAAACUAUCCCAAGAUGGUGAGUGGGAAGAUUAUUCUGCAUUAUUGGCUGCUUCACAAGAAGACACCAUAGGAUGUGAUUCUGACGCCGUUAUAGCUCAAAUGCUCCAAUCGCAAUUCGAUCAUGAAUAUAAUGAAGAAUUGCGACGUAUUGAGAAUAAGCGGAACAAGGAUAGUAAAGUGACGGUAACAUUGGAUAAGUUUCGUCGAAAUGGGGAUUUAGAAUUCUUAAAUGAUUCCGAUGACUCUUUGGAACUUGACGAUGAAGCAAGUGGACAUAAGCGGGAUUGGGAUCGUUUUGAAACGAACGAGAAAAUAUUAGACGCAAUACCAAAAUGUGGAUUUAAAGUGGACAAAGAGGGCGAAAUGAUAACCAAACAUGAUCCUCAAUUGUGUGGAGUUCGUAAUGCUUGUAGAGUUAUGUCAUUUCCUCCUGAGUUUCCAACGGGGGAUGGCGCAGGAUUUGACAUGAAACUUUCCAAUCAAGUUUUUAACCAACUGAAGACAUAUUCCCGACGAGGUAAUAAGAAAAAUAAAAUGCACGAUCGCAAAGCUAACGUGGCCACAGCAGAAAUGGGUGUCGACGCACCUACUCGCCUGUUACUCUACAAAUUAAUAAAUAAUCAAAUAUUGGAGCAAAUAAACGGUAUUAUAUCAACAGGCAAAGAAGCAGUGAUAUUACAUGCAAAUUCUGAUCCCACCUAUGCAGAUAAUGCAAGCGGCAGUGGUGGAACAAUAUGCUCCCCACAUUUGUUACCAAAAGAGUGUGCUAUAAAAAUUUUUAAAACCACAUUAAAUGAAUUUAAGCAACGAGAUAGAUAUAUAAAGGAUGAUUACCGUUUUAAGGAUCGUUUUAGCAAACAAAAUAAUCGAGUUAUUAUAAAUAUGUGGGCAGAAAAGGAAAUGCAUAAUAUAAUGCGAAUGCAAAGUGUCGGUAUUAAUUGCCCAGACGUGGUCAUUUUGAAGAAACAUGUUUUAGUAAUGUCUUUCAUUGGCGACAAUCAUAAUGCCGCCCCAAAACUUAAGGAUGCACGCUUAAGUCAAUCUGAACUAUCUAUUGCCUACGAAGAAAUCGUUGCAACUAUGUACAAGUUAUAUAACGAAGCAAAGUUAAUACAUGCCGAUCUGAGCGAAUACAAUAUUCUUUGGUACGAUGACAAAUGUUGGAUUAUAGACGUAGCACAGUCAGUUGAACCGGAACACCCAAGUGCUUUAGAAUUUCUAAUGCGCGAUUGUGGUAAUAUAAUAAAUUUCUUCGAAAAACGCGGCUUGCCAAAUAUUUAUACGAAGGAACAACUUUUUGAAUAUAUUACAUCGCUAAAUGCCGAGACACAUAAUGCUGCCAUGUUAGAACGUAUUCAUACACGUGGUGCCUCGAUAGCUCAGGCCACAGCUCCUUCCCAAGAACUCUGUCCAGAUGAACUGAAACCUCUUGCUUAUCCAUUCGACUUAGCUUGGGAAAAAUCGCAACGCGAGCGGCAACAACAAACAUCAAAAGAAUGUGAAAGUGAAUCGUGUAAUUCAAAUGUCGAUAAAGCUGCUUGUGCGUUUGAAGUUUUAAAGAUAAACACUAUUAGUGUAGAACAAGCCAAUAAGUUUUGCGGAUCAGAUAAAAAGAUCAAACUGUGGAAUCCUAAAACAGGGUUACUACUUAAAACAUAUGGUGGUCACGCAGAUGAGGUUACAGAUGCCUCAGGCAGUUGCGACAGUUGUUAUAUCGUUUCAUCAAGUCUUGACAAAAGUAUAAUCUAUUGGGAUGUAUCCACCGGUGUACCAGUACGUCGGUUGCGAGGUCACGCUGGCGGAGUAAGAUGUGUCUGUUUUAAUGAGGACUCUUCCAUUGCAAUAUCCGGUGGACGUGAUAAUGCGGUUUUCUGUUGGGACAUACGAACACGACGAUUAGAACCCGUUCAAGUUAUGAAAGAUGCACGAGAUUGUAUUACAACAGUUCAAACUAAUGAACACAAAAUAAUAACAUCAUCUUUGGAUGGAUGUAUCCGUCAAUAUGACAUACGUGUAGGUGAAUUAGUGUGUGAUAAAAUCGGGGAGCCCAUAACAUUCUUAAAACUGACCCGUGACGAACAAUGUAUCGUAGCGGCAUGUCAAGAUAGCACAGUUCGUCUUAUCGACUGCGAUACUGGUAGUCUUUUGUCCGAAUAUAAAGGUCACAAGGCAGAAGAUUUUCAUAUAGAAUGUGGUAUUAUGGCUAAUGAUGCUCACAUUGUCUCAGGCACUAGCGAAGGAUGUGCAGUAGUUUGGGAUCUGCUUGAUGGAAAAAUCUUACAACGCAUUCAAUUGAAUAAUAGUGCAAAUACAAUGUCCACUGUGACUCGUAGUGCAAGUGCGAGCCCAUCUGUUGGUCAUUCUAAUAAUCAACAAAAUCAGCAUAACCCAACGGAGAGACAAAAUUUUCCCCAUUCAGUAGUUGAUCCUAAUAAUUUUCCCCUUAAAUCUAUAACCGAUGUUGUGAAUUUUUUUCGGAGAUCACUUGAAGCGGGUGCCUCGGCAAAUGGAAGUGAACCCGAUUUAACAUUGCUCUCAAUUGUUGCCGGUUAUAUCGAGCUUUCAUUAACUACAGGCGACGCUGCAUUAGCUGCGGAACAUGCAUUAUCAAAUGCCGCUUCGAAUACCACUAUAUCUUCACCUCCACUUCUUGCAGCUGUUGUUGGCAGUCCUUUAUCGUCAGCACAAAACUGUGGCAUUAUCAAAAGCAACAGUGUGCCUUUUCCUGUUGUAACAUACGAGCUUGUCUCGAGUUUAUACAAGAAAUUUCAAAGCAUACUCUCUGUUGUUGAAAAACCUAAAUCAGCUCAAAAUCGUCAAGCAACACGUGAAAUCAUCAAAAAAGUGUCUGAUGUAAUAUGGCACUCGCUAAUAAGAAGCAGUUAUAAAGAUCGAGCUCAUUUACAAAACUUAUAUAGUUAUUUAUCGGGCAAUAAGUUGGACUGCUUUGGUGUAGCGCUAGCUGUCGUUGCCGGUUGUCAAUUGUUAGGGUAUCGUGACGUACAUCUGGCUAUAUCUGAAGAUCAUGCUUGGGUUGUAUUUGGCUCUAAGCAAAUUGAAUGUAUCGAAGUGACGUGGCAUGGCAAAGGAAGUGAAGAUAAACGGGGACAGGACAUAACAGCUGGCAUAGAAUCUGGAUCGUGGUUAUAUCUCAGUGGAUUGGCAGUUGUAUGUGAUAGAGCUAUGGAAGUGGCUGCUGUUGUAUCAGCUAUUAAUAUAUCAAUGACAACUAAUAGCGAUUGUGUUGAAGUGGCAGAUAUGCAACAAAAACUACUUUGGCUUUUGUAUGAUAUGGGUCAUUUAACAAAGUAUCCUAUGGCAUUAGGAACACUUGGUGAGUUAGAAGAAAUCUCUCCCUCGCCUAAACGCAUAUCUUGUGAACAACUUUAUAAGGAGGCAAUACAGUCAGCUCGCAAAUUCUACCACAAUCAUCACGUUUACCCUUACACUUAUCAGGGAAAUUUUUACAACCGACUUUUGAAAUAUCGUGAUGCGUUUGCUUCGUGGGCCAAUGCGGCGGAUGUCAUACGCCUAUAUACAUACAGUUGUCGCGAUGACGAGGAAAUAUAUAAAGAACUUCUGGAUAUUGCAAAUGAGAUGAUACCACAUGUUAUGAAGACAGAAAGUUCGGGUCAUUCUGCAAGAAGCAUUCUACGCGAUUCUGAAGUAUUUGCAAAUUUAUUGCGAUUCUAUGAUGGUAUUUGUCAGUGGGAGGAAGAUAGUUUAACACCAAUACUACAUAUUGGCUGGGCUAAACCACUAGUAAACAAUAUAACAAAAUUCGAUUAUGACAUAAGAUCACAAGUAGUAAUUAAAGUCCCGGAAGAUGAAGAAAUUGCAUCUACAAAGAAAUCAACUGAAGCAACAACUUCCUCAUUAAAGGAAGAUACUACACCUAACGAGGUGCCGAAAGUGGAAAAGAAACAUGUAAUUGUGGAUGCAAAGAAAGACGAAACAAAUAACUGUAAUAUUAAUAAUAACAAUUUCAAAAAGGAAGAGAAGUCUUCGGGGGAUGUGAAAAAAACCGACAUUACCGCCACAUUAGCAGAUCUAACUGCCGCGUGUGGUGAGAAAAUUUUAAAUCCAGAUUUUUUAUUACAGGGAGGCGGCGAGCCUUUUGCUGAACAAAAGAAACACUUGGAACAGCGACAGAAUGUCUGUAAAAAUGAUUCAACAAAUGGCUUAAAAAAUGUUCCGAAUAAAGAUACUGUUGUCACAAAUGUCGUCCAAAUGGAUAUAUCAAAUACCAAUACUAAGUUGUUGCAAGAAAAUGAAAAAGAAUCAUGCACAGAGAUAAAAACACACUCACCUACUGAUGAGGAUCCCUUCGAGUUUAUGAUGAAACGUCCGGUAAUUACACUUUAUAGUCAGAAAAUGAAGGGUCUGAAAGAUCUGUUGUUGGCCGAAAAAUUAAACACUCAUGCAAUUUCGCUGCAAGUUACCGCCCAAUCUGUGGCGAGCAAAAAGAUACGAGGAAUAGAUAAGCUCGGUAAUCACACGACAACUUCAACGUAUGCCACAGCUCAUGUACCAGGCAAUAAUUUGCAAUCACUUCAUACAAAUUAUAAUGCAGUUUUAAGCGAUAGCAAUACCAAUUCAAAUGAUAACGGUAGCACUGCUACUACAAUUGCUGCUUCACGCCCUAAGCGCUCGCGACGCGAAUAAAUAUUUUGGCAGAGGUAAGCACACUAAAAAAUGCUAUAAAGAAGCUUCUUCUUCUAUAUAUGUAUGUGUAUAUAGAUACUGGCUAUGAUAGGGUUUUAUAAAUAUUAUACCUAUUUUUGUACUUUUAAUUUUCAUAACAUUUCCACAUGGAGCGAGUCGUGCUGUCGCAAAAACUUUUCCAAAUUCUAUAUAAUACAUAAUGAUAUGAAAAUCAUAGAGCAUUUAUUUGUUGAAAUCUUUCGUUGAUUAUAUGUUGUUGAAUAUUUGUCAUCAAGUUUGAAAUUGCUCCGGUUUGAGUUUCGAUUUUAUUACAGCUUUGAUAAAGCUCCCAAUUCAAUUAAAUAGAUAGAUCUUCGGUGCAUUUGAACUUCUUUGUAAAAUGUUUUUUUUUUUUGAACUUUUUAACACUCUUCAUUUGAGAUUCUCAAUCCCGGAUUUCGGAAAGGCGGGUUUUGGAGUAAUACUCUUUUUUUUCUGAUAUACAUAUAGCAAUAUUUUCAUCUAUAGAUAUGAAUAAUAUACAGGAAAAUAGUUUGAACAUAGUUGCCACUAACAACAGCAACACCAGAACAAACGUUUUCGACUUAAAAAAGAAUAAAAAAGUAUUUUCGGAAUACGAAAUACAAAAUAGGGGUAUUCUCUUGCUCUUGCAAAACCCGGUGCACGGUGCAAGCAUUGCAAAUUUACAACGGCACAACAACAAACACACGCAGAAAAAUAUUUGCAAGGGCUGUGAAAUAUGUCAGACCAAAACCCGUGUAUAUUAGCGUGCAAUGUCACGCAAAAAUAAAAUUGCAACCCUGUUGUAGUUGCCAUUUUACAUAAAGACAUAUAACGUCGUUAAAUUGUUGAGAAAGGUAAAUUUCAAUUAUAUUUUAUAAUUUCUAUAUAAAUUAUAAAGUUUUGUUACAGUUUUUUUUUGUUAAAAAUGUAUGCAGAAGAUGUGCCAAUUCACAAUAGCCAUGCACAAUAGUCAUUUACAAUAAAUUGACUGAAUCAGUCGCUCAUAUAUCACUAGAUUCUGCAAUGGGUGCUCUCGUGCCCUUGUAUAUUUCGGUGUAGUAUUUUUGCAAUCUGCAAUCUUGCAAGAGCAAGAGAAUACCCCUAUUAGGGGUAUUCUCUUGCUCUUGCAAAACCCGGUGCACGGUGCAAGCAUUGCAAAUUUACAACGGCACAACAACAAACACACGCAGAAAAAUAUUUGCAAGGGCUGUGAAAUAUGUCAGACCAAAACCCGUGUAUAUUAGCGUGCAAUGUCAUGCAAAAAUAAAAUUGCAACCCUGUUGUAGUUGCCAUUUUACAUAAAGACAUAUAACGUCGUUAAAUUGUUGAGAAAGGUAAAUUUCAAUUAUAUUUUAUAAUUUCUAUAUAAAUUAUAAAGUUUUGUUACAGUUUUUUUUUGUUAAAAAUGUAUGCAGAAGAUGUGCCAAUUCACAAUAGCCAUGCACAAUAGUCAUUUACAAUAAAUUGACUGAAUCAGUCGCUCAUAUAUCACUAGAUUCUGCAAUGGGUGCUCUCGUGCCCUUGUAUAUUUCGGUGUAGUAUUUUUGCAAUCUGCAAUCUUGCAAGAGCAAGAGAAUACCCCUAAUUAUUAAUUUUACUGAAGCUGAAAUCCUUUAGGAAUUUUUUAAAAACCCUCGUGUAUCAAACCCGAAAACCUUUCGCGUUUGAUAAUAUAAAAUCAAUAUCGAAAUUUUAAAUUAUACAAUUUAAUUAUAGUUUUCGUAAAUUUUUUUUUUUAUAGAAAAGUUUUUGCAAGUAUGUACGUCCUUUUCAUUUAUGUCUUCUUUUCAAUCUGAAAAAAUAUCAGUUUAAAUAAAGAUUCAAUACAAGCCAUCUUCGAUUGGCCAAAACUUGGAGGGUAACAAAUCGAACACACUACUAGCAUAAAUCAAAUAGACUGACAUAAGGAAAUAGGGUUAAAAUAGAGAGAUGUUGUAUCGCUAUCCACAUACUCUCUUAUAAUGAAUUGAUUUGAUAAACUUUGUUGUAGCUUUGACAUGUAAAUUUGAGAGCAUAGCUCAGUAUACAGAAGUGACGACUAACUUUUUACUACUACUUACCGACCCAAAUAGUUAGAUCGCCGAAAUAGCAGCCUAUGGCCGGAUAAAAUCCGUGUCAAUUUUGGCAUCUGGUAGAAUGUAGGAGAGAAGUGACAAAUCGAAGACGGCUAAUGUAUACACACAUAUGAAUAUAUGUGCAGCACAAGAGCAUUAUACUUAAUCUAUUUUAGUUUAAUUGAAAAAACUAUUUAUUAUGUUUUUAUAGCAAUUAGUUCUAUGAAAAAAUGGUAAUGCCAAAAAGUUGCUUAUAAAAAUUACAAUGAAAGCAAUUAUUUUAACGAAAUAUGAAAUGCAUACAAAAAUAUACUUGUAUAACUUAAAGUAUAUUAGCUUAGUAUUAAGUAUAUUCUGCAAAUUUUAUGUUAAAAAUGUAUGUAAAGAUAAUGUAGAGAAUAUACUAUUCAAUAGUUGCACUUUUCCUGUCUCAUGUGAUAUGCUUUUCUAAAAGCGUUUGUAAUCAAACUAUAAUCAUGUAUAUAAAUAUAUAAGUACACAUACACGCACACAAUCGCAGUCCUAAUAGUAUAAUAUUCUCCAAUAUACAUACAUAUUGUACAACAGUGUAGCAUGAUUAUACUUUCCCGUUAUUUAAUUUUCCAAUAAACCUCUCACCCAAUUUUGUAUGUCUGUUGAAUUGUUAGUGUCUUUUAUGUUAUUCUUGUUUUUCAAAAUAAUAUACAUAUGUAUUUUUUAAUCACUUAAGACAUCCCUAUAAACAGGCUUUUAGCUUAGAUUUAUACUACUUACUUUUACAAAACACUUCAAGUAUACCUUAAUGCAUUCAAGUCUUGUGUAUCAGCAAAAAAUAAUAAUAAAUAGUCAGACAAAAUCACAAGUACUCGGUACACUUAAGGCAUGGCUAUGAGUUGUCAAUAAUGAUAAUAAGAAAUGAAUUUUAAUGAAAGUCUGUGAUGAAAGAAACGAUUAAAAUAAUGAUGAAAAUAAAUUUAUCCUAAUAUUAAGUGCAUCAAAUUCGCAAAGUAAUAAUGUUAAAAUAAAAAUGAGUAAAAAAGCUAUGUUUAAUAGAAAGUUACGUUUUGCAAUAAUCUACAAUACUAACACACAUGUUUGUUUAAAUAUCUACAUUAGUAGAUUAUUAAAGGUAUUAAACAAUGUACAUAUACAUUUAAAUGUUAAAUGUUACAAAUUACUAAAUUAUAAAACAAAGAAAAACAAAAACAAAACAAUAUUAAUAUUAUAUUGUGAUUUCUCAAUUAAAUUUAAAACACAUUUACCCCGAAAAUCUGUAUACAUUAGGUUGUUUGUUAUUUAACAAGUUGAUUUUUGUUCUUGCAAACGCGCCCUCAAGUUUCAGUUUUUGUCCUAAGCAAUAGAACCAUUCUCUGACCAAUGAAUACAACUUUUAAAAUAACCUAUUUUUUAGGAGAAACAUGAAAAUAAAUAUAUAACGAUUAUUCUGUGAGAUUAAAGUUAUACGCAGCUAAAGUUAUGCUUCAAAUGUACUACACUAAUAUAGUACACCAUGUCGUAUGAGCAACACAUAAUUUAACCUAUAAAUUGCUAGUAUGAAUGCUCAGUUCAAUUCAUGCAUAACUUUGAAUGCGUGUAGUUUUUUUUUUAAUUUAUUUAUGAAAAAAUCAAUAAGACCUUUUUCGUUGAGCGCAAAAUUUUGUAUUGAAAUUGGAGUAUACGAUUUUUUUGAAAUUUUGGUAUUUACUUUUUUUUUAAUGGAAAAAAAUCCCUUAUUGUACACACGGGAAAAGAAAUAUGAUUUUAGUCAUGGUUUAAAUAGAAAAAAAAAGUUUCUUACAAUGAAUUCCUGUUUUUAGGGCGAAUAAAUGUAAAUUCAAAGGGAGCUUCAUAAAAAAAUCAACUUGGGAGAUAACAUGCAGCCUAGAAUACAUAAUACAUACACACUUACAUAUAUAAGUAUAUGUAAAAUUACAUAAGUACAAUGUUGUAAAUUCAACAAAAAAAUUAAAUUAGUAACUCCUAUACAUACGUACAUACACAUUUUAUUAUAAUUCUGUAACACAUAAAAACGUAUACAAUAAAUAAGUAUUAACAAUUUCGGCUUGAAAAUGAAAAUAUACAGUGUGAGGGGGUGUGGGGGGGAAAAAUGCUUAAUGUGCGUCAAAACUAAAGCACGUAACUUAAUAUAUUACUACCGCACGAAAUAUAUAAUUCAGAAAGUUGUCAAAAUAUUUGUUUCUGUGUUAAAAAGAAGUGCGAAUUGAGUUUCAAUAACGGUCAAAUUUCCAAAAAUAUUGUUAUUUAUAUUUCACGUUCACUCCAAUUUUACUUCUAGCUGCUAUGCAUUUUUUUUAGAAAUAUGUAUGUAUGUAUAUACAGAUAUUCCGCGUACUCUAGUUUUGACGCUAUAUAGUAUGCGUAAUGUUGAAAUAUUGAUUUCUAUACCAAAUCUGGCGCUUAAAAACUUGUCGUUACUUUCAACUAUAACGACACAAUUUUCUUUAUAAUUGUUCGCUCAAGGCUAAUCGAGAAAUUAGUAUUUAAAAUUUAUUACUGCUAUUCUAAAUAUGUAUGACUUUUACAAGAGUUUCUUUAGAGCAAAAAACAUACCAUAUGCAUACAUACCACGUAAAAAUGCUAUAGAAAAAUUAAUAACUGCAAGCUAUAAAUAUUCAAAAUUAGACUUUUCAGUAACCAAAACAGCAAAAAUUGAAAAAAAAACACAAAUGUGAAAUAAAAUAUAAAAAUCGCCAAAAGUAAUGAAUAGUUUUUUUUU